CGUCACCACACAGCCACCACCCUUAUUUAAAUUUCUGUCUCAUACUUCGACGUCGCUGCACUAUGGAGGCCCUACGACUGCAGAAAAGGUAUCCCGAAGUCUCGAGAGAUGAGAUGUUGAAUCUCAUUAACCGAUUCAACUCGAUAUCCACCGACUCACCAGGCCGUGUCGACAAGACCGCCGUUCUUCAAGCUCUGCAAAGCUCCGGUGAAAGCUAUGAUCAGGCUAGAGAAACGCUCAAGCACGUUAGCGUCGAUGCGAGUGGCAAAGUCGAGCUAGAGGACUGGGUUGAGCUCAAUGUUAAACUACACUCGCAAGCAGCGACGGGAGGUGGUAUCAAGACAACAAAGGGCAAGAUGACCGUGCAAGGAAGCAAUGCAAACGUCAGCCAUACCAUCAAUGAAGAUGAGAGGCGCGAAUUUACGAAUCAUAUCAACAUGGUUCUUGAGAACGACCCUGAUAUUUCAGGCCGAUACCCCAUUCCUACUGAUACGAUGCAGCUCUUCGACGAGUGCAAAGACGGACUCGUGCUCUGCAAACUGAUCAACGAUUCAGUUCCGGAUACCAUCGAUACGCGUGUCCUCAAUAAACCGACAGCGAGGAAGCCGCUGAAUGCGUUUCAGAUGACGGAGAAUAACAAUAUCGUGAUUACCAGUGCCAAGGCCAUUGGGUGCUCCGUGGUGAACAUUGGGAGCGCCGAUAUCCAGGAGGGCAGGGAGCAUCUUAUUUUGGGGCUGAUUUGGCAAGUUAUUCGGAGGGGUUUAUUAAGCGGUGUGGAUUUGAGGAUCCAUCCAGAGCUUGGGAGGCUAUGUGAAGAGGGUGAGACCAUCGAGGAUCUAUUGAGGCUCACCCCGGACCAGAUUCUGGUGCGAUGGUUUAAUUAUCAUCUCAAGAAGGCCGGAUGGCAUAGGCGGGUCAACAACUUUAGCAGGGAUGUCAAUGACGCAGAGAAUUAUACCGUGCUCCUCAAUCAGCUCGUGCCGACAGAAUGCUCUUUGUCUCCGCUGCAAGCAUCAGAUCUUCGAACGCGCGCGGAGCAAGUCCUGACGAAUGCAGACAAGAUCGGCUGCCGCAAAUACCUUACACCUUCCUCGCUCAUUGCAGGCAACCCUCGUUUGAACUUGGCCUUUGUUGCCAAUUUGUUCAAUACCCAUCCUGGAUUGGACCCGCUUACGGAGGUCGAGAAGACGGAUUACGGCGCCGUAGAGGACUUUGAUGCAGAGGGCGAACGUGAAGCUCGUGUCUUCACAUUAUGGCUGAAUUCGUUAGGCGUUGAGCCAGGCGUGUUCAACCUCGUCGAGGAUCUGAGGGACGGACUUGUCAUUCUUCAAGCGUUCGACAAGAUCAACCCUGGUGUAGUUGUUUGGAGAAGGGUGUCAAAACCCAAGGAAGGAAAGGGCGCAAACCUGGGCGCUUAUGUAUCCGGCGGGGACAUUGGGGAGGAAGACGAAGAUGUCGGGAUGCAGUCCAAGGGCAUGGGUGUGAGCCGUUUCAAGGCUGUAGAGAACACAAACUAUGCCGUCGAUCUCGCCAGGGGCAGCGGCUUGCAUAUGGUCGGUAUCCAAGGUGCAGAUAUCGUCGACGGGAACAAGACAUUGGUCCUCGGUUUGGUCUGGCAGCUGAUGAGGCUGAGUAUCACCAAGACGCUAACGUCUUUGAGCAAAUCUACUGGCGGCCGACCUAUUUCAGAUACCGAGAUACUCAAAUGGGCCAACACUACUGCCGCCAAGGCAGUGAAUCCUGUUGCUCGGACAAGAACCAUUAGGUCGUUCAAGGAUCCGUCUAUUUCGACAGGCUUGUUCUUCCUCGACUUGCUAGAUGCCAUCCGGCCAGGAACUGUUGACCCGGCAUUGGUAAUUGCAGUCGAUGUGACCGGCGAAUACGAAGACCGAAGGCAGAAUGCAAAAUUGGCGAUAUCAAUUGCUAGGAAGAUGAAUGCGCUGAUCUUCUUAGUACCCGAAGAUAUUGUGGAUAUUCGACCGAAGCUGAUUAUGACAUUUGUGGGUAGUCUGAUGAGCAUCGCAAAUGGACAGUGAUGUGGGAUUUUCUUCUGUACGAUGUGAUGUAAUGCAGGAUAAACUUGAAGUGUAUCAGUAUCUACUAUAAAGUCGAAAUACUAGCUGCCUCGUUAUCAACGAGGAUUGCGGUUAACAUGCCU